UCAUUCAAAUUAAAAAUAAACAAACAAAAAAUAGUCAUUAGUUUAGUCUGUACCUAAACAAAUACUAAAAGUAGGAAAACCACAAAUCAAUGAAUCAUUUGGUAUUUUGUGGUAAACUCCACCGCAAAGUAGAUUUAAUGUUUGCUAGAGGCCUAUAGAGGAAUUAUAAUUGCAAGUGAACAUAACAGAGUAAAUAUGUCUUUCACAACAGAUGAAGAUGUUAUCGGAGUGAUUUAUACAGAAUUGUUAGAUCGGUCAGUGCCAUGUUAUGCGUCAGAUAUAUGUGAUAAAGUCCGUGGAUUGAGACAUAAACAGGAAACUGUAACUAGACUGCUACAGGCCAUGUGUGACAAUGAAAUGGUAGUAAAAGUGAAUAAAAUGUACAUAUUGAAGGAGAAAAUGACAUCUGAUACAGAUGAAAAUCUUUCCAGUUUGACCUGUGAUGGUCCAACUUAUGGGACUACAUGUUCUAGUAACCAAAUGACAGGAGGUGCAAGAGCGAUGCCAGUCAAUGUUCAAACAGGUGCCAUGGUGCCCGUACAGCAAUCUACAGUCCAAAGGUCUAGUGUAUCUACUGUCGCCACAUGUGAUAAUAGAAAUGUUGAAGAUUACGCUAAUUUAUUUAGUAGAAUUAUAGAAUUUCUGAAAACUCGUUCUAAUGCUACAAAGGCUAAGGAUAUAGCACAGGGUACAGGGUUAGGAAAAUCCAGAGGUGAUGUGAAUAGAUACUUGUAUUUUCUUAAAGAAAACAAAAUUUUAGAAGAUAAUGGUAGAGCGGAAUGGACAUAUGUUCAGGGUGUUACAAUUACCGAUGAUGAUCUCAAAAUUUAUGCUGCUCAAUUGGCCAAAAAACCAGGUGGUAAACCAAAAGGAAAUCCUUCACAAAUAGAGUCAUCAAAUGGAAGAUGUGAUUGUAGGAAUGCCGGGCCAGGCUGUCAACACAUUACAAACAACUUUGUGCAGAACAACCACGUUCACCACCAUCAUAUACAAAUAGGCGAAUAUAACAGAAUGCUAAACGAUUUACCCCCAGGUGAACCACCGUCUUAGAUGCAGUCACAAAUUAUUAAAGAAGUACAUGUAUAUUGAAAGAAAAAUUAAUUUUAAAACAUAGAGUGGCUUUCCUACACUCUCUGGCCUUGUUAUGAUGUAACUCUAGGCUAAGAUUUUGAAUGCAUCUCCAUUUCUUGUAAAAAUAUCUGGUAAAAAAGUGAUCCUUGGGAAGCAUUAAAAACAGCAAAAUAACAUGAAAAUUGCAAACUCGCAUGAGGGAUAAUAAAAAAGUGCAACAUCCCUCACAUCCCCUAGCACCGGCUUGAGUGGUACUCAAUUCUUAACACUUAAAAGUGCUUGACUCAGUGAUCUGAAGGACCAAAAAAUAUAACGACACUGAAGUGAAGUAUGGGGCAACUUUUUACAGCUGCCACACAGCACUUGACACCUGCUGUUGUGAUGUAUAGAUAUCUAUAUAAAUAUCCCUAUAAACCACAGAUGAUAUUAUCUUGGAAUCUUCACAUGUGUCUUUGAGGACAUACUUUAAAGUCUCUGACCAAGGUAAAUAACUCCAGUAAAGAUUUUGAACUGCUAAAGUUCAGAAGUCAGAUGUGUACAACUUCCAUUUAUGGGACUGCCAGUAAUCAAUUCAAGGGAUCUCAAGAUCAGAAUUUUAAGAUGGUCAUUCAUCAGUAUAGAGCCUAGUCGGACUGCAAGGAUGUGCAGGUUAGCCUGACUCUAUACAAGAGGCUCACACUUAUCACUUUUGAUUCCAGCAUUAGAAGAGAACUACAUGUUAAUCCCUUUGUGAAACAUAAAAAAAAUAUCCUGAUGAGAGAUCCAUGCCCACAGCUACUAUAUAGGUAUUGAUGUAAAAUUUCAGAUAGGGUCAUAAUUGUAGGUCAAGAAGUGUAACUCUUGUAGUAAUAUGGAUUUUUUACUAUAUUGUCCCCCUUAGUAUACAUUAAAAAAUUUGUACAUAGUAAUUGUUUUACUGGCAUUGAGAAUAGCCGAGCAUGGAGGUUGUAAGACAGCUCUUGUAAUUUAUAAAAUCAUUGUGAUAGUAGUUCUGUGAAUGAUAAUAAUAAUAAUUGAUCAACUUUGAUGUGACUUAAAAUUUUUAAACAAAAAUUUGAUGUUGGAUUGAUAUAUUUUAUUAGAAAUUUUUCCAUCUUAAUUCUUGUAUUUCUUUUAGUUUUUUAAUAGAUUAAAACAUGAAAAACUGACAUAUACCUAUGCUCAUCUUUGGUCUAGAUAUACUGUAUCAAAGUAUCUACAGAGGUUAGCAAAGCUUUUUUCACCACCACGAUUUUGGGUGGAGGAGGGAGGGGCGUAGUAUUCAUAUGCCAUUGUCCAGCUGUCUGGUAGUGCACCCAUAACCUGACAAGACAGUGGAAUGUUGGUGCAUCCUUGUCCUCUAGUUUCAGUUUACUUGAAUGGUUGUUUUUUUAAUUAAUUAAAUAGGUAAAAAAAAUAUCAUUUCAUUGCCUAUUGCAUCAGUGUAAAUUCAGGCAUGUUUACACAUGUUUAUUUUCCCACUUGAA